AUGAAACCGGGAAAUAUUCUUAUAAACGAAAACUGCGACUUGAAAAUUUGCGACUUCGGGCUGGCCCGUCUUCAGGAACCACAGAUGACGGGGUACGUGUCGACCAGGUACUACCGCGCACCGGAAAUCAUGCUGUCCUGGCAGCGGUACGGGAAUGAGAUUGACAUGUGGAGCGUCGGUUGUAUUGUUGCCGAAAUGUUUCUGGGGAGGCCAUUAUUCCCGGGAAAGGAUCACAUCGAUCAGUUCUAUCUGAUAACGGACUUGUUAGGAAAUCCUCCAGAUGAAGUUACUGAUCGGAUCACGACGACCAAUACUCGUCGGAUGGUAAAGUCUAUGCCCAAAAAGAGUCCACGACCGUUGAAACAAGUUUUCCUCGGUGCUGAAGAUCAAGCAAUAAACUUCCUUGAGAACCUCCUGGUCUUCGACCCAAAGCGACGAAUGUCUGCAGAACAGGCAUUGAAACACCCCUACGUGGCUCAAUAUCACGACCCAACGGAUGAACCUUGCGCAGAGCAAAAGUUCGACUGGUCAUUCAAUGAUGCCGAACUGCCCAACGAGACGUGGAAGAUCAUGAUAUACUCCGAAGUCCUUGAUUUCUUCCAAGAGACCACAACCCUCAGCAAUCAGAAUCAGACUCUUCCAAGUACGGAAGAUCCGUCACAGCUCCAAAUACAGGCCAACAUAUUAAACGACGCAGAACUUAUGCCAGAUUUUUCUACCUUGGUUGAUACGUCUAAGUUAGGUGGCAUGGAUUUCCUAGUCGACGGGCCAAUGGAUUAUGCCUAG